AUGCAUGCGCGCUGGAGCAGACCUACGCCGGCUCCGCCUCGUGCCCUCCUCUGGCCAGGUCUGCUCGAGCAGCACGUGACCCCAGCCAUCCUGCACCGCUCGCUCACCAGCCCCUCCGAAGGGCGCUGGCCGCUUCGCUCCCCGCCCGCAUCGAUGGCGGCCACGGUCGCCCCGAGCCCGAGCCCGGGCUCCUCGGCGCCGCGCCGCGUGCACGCGGCCAGCGCGGAGGGCGAGGGCGACGAGCCGGGGAGCCCCGCGCUGGCGAGAGCCUCCGCCGCCCGCGCCCCGGCCCCCGGCGCCUCCGGGCUGCCCCGCAGGCCUCGGCGAGCGCCGCGCCGCGGCUCCCCCCCGCGGAGGCGGCCCACCGGGCCGCUCGGCCUCCGAGGAGGAGCGGUGUGCCGCUGCCGCGGCCCUGCCCGCGUCGCCACGGCCGGGUCCGCCGCGGAGUCCCGGCCAGGAGGCGCCCCGGGAGAGGCCCCGAGAUCUUUGGAGUGCGGAGUGAGCAUCGGCAUGCGCUGA